AUGGCUUCCGAACAAACAGUUUUCCGUCUAAAUAGCAGACAGAGCAUUGUCGACCUCACCAGGUCUAUAGAGGAGAUACCAAAAGUUGCAGCACAUGAAGUUCUGGUUAAGAUUCGCAGCGUUGCACUAAACUUUCGAGAUCUAGCUAUCGCUACUUCUCGAUAUCCGUUUCCCGUCAAAGACAAUGUGAUCCCAGUUUCCGAUGCUUGUGGAGAAAUUGUUGAAAUUGGACCUAACGUCCAAGGAUUUACUAAAGGCGAUUGGGUUAUUGCAAAUUUUAACCCGGGCAAUCUAUACGGACCGAUGAAGGACUGGUUCGGUGGUUUGGGUGGUCCAGUGGACGGCGUCCUUCGGAAUUACCUGUCCAUCAAUGCCAGUUCGGUGAUUAGAGUUCCUAAAGAGUCCUCCUUAAAAGCUUCCCAGUGGGCUGCACUUGUCUGCACGGGCACCACUGCUUGGAAUGCACUUUAUGGAAAUAUUCCAUUGAAGCCCGGACAGACUGUGCUAUUCCAAGGUACCGGCGGCGUAUCCAUCACUGGAUUAGUCUUGGCCAAAGCAGCAGGCGCAAAAACAAUAAUUACCUCGUCUAGCGAUGAAAAGUUGAGCUAUGUAAGGAGAAAAUAUGGUGCUGACCAUACUAUCAACUACAUAACUCAUCCGGAAUGGGCGAAAGAAGUGCAGAUUAUCACCCAAGGCAACGGGGUUGAUUACAUUUUUGAGAAUGGUGGGUCUGGGACAAUUAAACAAAGUGUUGAUUCCAUUUCAUACGGAGGCGUGGUGUCUAUCAUAGGAUUCUUAUCCGCUGCUAAGCAAGAGGAAAUGCCGGACGUUGCUGCUCUUGCCCUCUCCAAAGGUUGCGUUAUUCGAGGAAUUACUGUUGGGUCCAAGCAGUUACUCGAGGAAUGCGUGCGCUUUGUUGGUUCUCACAGUUUGGAUAUUCCAGUGGAGAAGACCUUUCCAUUCACAGAGGAAGGCGUGAAGGCUGCUUAUAAGUAUUUAUCGGCAGGUCAACAUAUUGGGAAGAUUUGCAUCGACGUUGAAUAA